UAGCACCGCCUAUACACUUCCUGUUUUGGAGAUCGGUCCAAGGUGUAAACGAGUGUCCUGUCGAAAGAAGUCCAGUCUGCCCUUUCCGUGUCGAUAUUGGAAGUUCACAGGGCCAGUAUAAAUCUGCCCUAGCUGUUACUAUGGCUGAAGGCGGCCCAUCUCCGGAACUGGACGAACACUUACUGGAAUGUCCAAUAUGUCUGGAGCGACUUCGACAACCAAAGUCCUUACCCUGCCUUCACUGCUUCUGUCAGGAAUGCCUCGGGACCUACAUCACCAAGGAACUGUCUGGCGAAAUGGCGUCGGCAACAUCGUUCCCCUGUCCCGUCUGUAGGAGAAUGACCCAGCCCACCAAUCAAACGGAAGCUAAGGACAAAUGGGCAGAACAGUUCCCGACUAAUGCUGUGAUCCAGGACCUUAUCAAGCUUAAGGAACAUCCGUCUGAACCACUGUACUGCAAGCCUUGCCAGACAAAAGGUGACUUGACAAAUCAAGCGAAGUACUGGUGUAAAAUGAUGAACUUGAAUUUGUGCGAAACGUGUAAGGUACAAUAUCAUGAUGUCUUGCAUAAUGAAUGUGAUAUCUUAGAUAUUACUAGGUACGAUAGCAGGAAAACAAAACAGAAACAGUCAGUCCCUAAAUGUGACCAACACGACAAGAAAUUGAUUUGGUACUGUGAAGACCACAAACGGCUUGGAUGCAACAUAUGCGUGAUCAAAGACCACAGACGUUGUGAUGAGGUGACAACGGCGAUAAUUUUUUUACAGAAGUUACAAGCCGGUUCACAACUAGAAGAGAUGGAGAUGGCACUGAAGAAAGGAGCACAGGCUAUGACGUCAUUGGUGAAGGAUUUUGACGAGCAGAUCCAAACCAUGGUCCAAAAUCAGGAAAUCGCACUGCAAAGCAUCAAAGAUCUGCGCCAAAGUGUCGAAGAACAGCUGAACAAACUUCAGAAGGACAUCACAGAUAAGUUAAUUACUUUGUUUAAAGAGGAGAAGGGGAAUUUGGAGGCCUCGUCUNUCGUGUAA